AUGAAUGAGGGUAGUAGGCCACAGUAUGAGGGGCUCCAGGUGACAGCAGGCAGGCAUGGGGACAACCUGCGCAACACCAAGCAGGAGAUUGCAGAGAUGAACCGCAUGGUCCAGAGGCUGAGAUCUGAGAUCGACCACGUGAAGAAGCAGGGUGCCAGCCUGCAAUCCGCCAUCGCUGAUGCGGAGCAGCGUGGGGAGAUGGCCCUCAAGGAUGCCAGGGGCAAGCUGGAAGGACUGGAAGACGCCCUGCAGAAGGCCAAGCAGGACAUGGCCAGGCUGCUGAGGGAGUACCAGGAGCUCAUGAAUGUCAAGCUGGCCCUGGGUGUGGAGAUCGCCACCUACAGGAAGCUGCUGGAGGGCGAGGAGUGCAGGCUGAACGGUGAAGGCGUUAGACCCCAGUCAACAUCUGUAAGUAUUGAGUUUGCUUGUCUCCCGGCCCAGCCCUUGUGA